GGAAUAAUGAACGUUUCUAUCUAUCUUAUACAUACUCUCUCUCUCUCUCUCUCUCUCUCUCUCUCUUAUACCACUCUUUACCUAUCUCUCUCCCUCUUUUUCCGUGUUAUCCCCUCUGUAUAUCUGCUUGUACGCUUGUCUUUCUUUCACUGUCAACAUCCUUUUUUCUCUCUUUUCUUCCUUCUUCCCUUUCUCCUUGUAUGCUGCGGCAGCUUCAUAGGCCUAUUCUUUAUCCCAAGUACAUUAUAAUUUCAUCACAAGAUAAUUAUAUUAGAAAAGAAGAAUAUAAUUAUUACUAUGUACUUACGUUUAUUUACGUUUAUUUAUUCUGGUAACUAACCGAAUUAAUCGGGUAAAAACAGAAAAAGUACCAGAAAAAUGAUCGCUUUUCGAACAUAGUCGCUUUUAGUGUUUAUACCGAACUAUAUGCAUGGUAUAAAAUAUACAUAUAUAUUUACAUAUAUAUUUAUAUAAAUAUAUACAACAGUAACGUUGAUGUAUUUUAUUUCCACAAAUCACACGCCAACUUGCCUAAUUCUAUUAUCUACUUGGAAAAAACAACUGGAUUACGACACUCUUGUCGUUGUGCUUAUUUUUUUUUAAAUCUGAUAAAUAUUUGUAUUAAAGUUCCUCCUAAACGUUACGAAAGAGGCUUCACUAAGGUAUAUUGUCUAGGAAACGUGCAUUCCUUCUAAUUUAGUCAUAAUAAUAUAUAUGUUCUUAUUUAAUAUACAAAUAUGUAUAUAGCUAGCUAUAAAUAGUAAUAAUAUAUAAGUAUGUUUGCGCAUAUUAUGCUGUAUUAUACAUGUACUUUAUGGGAAUAAUGUACGAAAUAUCAGAAAAAAGAUUGUAUUUAAGAGUAAAAAAAGGGAAAGGGAAAAAUUCUACAGUUAAUUUCUGUAUUUUAACAAUGCACACACCAACUUCGCUAAUGGCUUUUAUGGGAGAAUCAAUUCGACGAAAAAAAACACUACGUAUAAAACUACCGCUGUUCCAAAUCAAAGUCCGGAACUAUUGCAGUAUAUUGCAGAAAGGAUGAUAAUGCGUAUGCACGUAGCCGAGGCCUAUUGAUUGGCGCAUAUAUGCAGGCUCAGCAAUCGAUUGGUGUGCGCAGACCAGGCGUUACUGAUGAGACGUCACAUUGACGGCACGCACGUCAUUCGCAAAAAAUAGGCCUAUAGGCUCCAUCGCAAAUUUUCCUAAAAAAAAUAUAUACGAGUCCUGUCUUGUUUUUUUGUUUCAUCCCUCCUACUUCGUUCUUUUUCUUUCUCUUUUUUACCCACUUCCUUCUAUUUUUCUCCAUGUUUUUCUGCAAGCUUUUAUACUACGUUCCUCAAGUUUCUUCUUCUUCUCUCUCCUUUCGCAGGGGCCCAUUUGGCUGAUCAAUAAUCGAUUGCACGCGAUUCCGCGGCCGCUAGGCCUGCGUGUGUAAGAAGUUGAACGGUAUAAUGAACAGUCAGCAUGUAACAGCAUGCAUGACCUGUUACGUAUAGGCUUAUACGUUCGUCAGAUUCUGCUCAUACUGUUCAAUACAAGCCGCGUAUACAAAGGCCUCGUGCAUGUAUAAAGGUGUGCAUAUUUCUUAUCAAAUAGAAUGUAUUGAUCUCCCGGUCGGUUUUUUACGAGCUGCGUAUAUAUACGAGGCCCAUAUAAGUUUUUGAUAUCUUUUGCAUAUCUGUAUAUACAUUCUCUGAUAACGUACGUACGCGUUCGAAUAGUUUGAUUUUUUUUCCCAUCAGGUGCGAACACCGUAAGGGAAAAACUGCUGUUUUUGAACGUCUUCCGAAAAUUUUACUCAGCAUUCUCUAUGUCGUACGAAACAAGUUUAAGAACGAAGGAGGAAUUCGAUAACGAAAUUAAGAAGAAACAUGAAGAAGAGGCGGUAAAAAGCAGAGGGAGGAAAAAGGCCUGCCCUAGAAAAGUUGUACAAACAGUACCGUCUGAAGGAUAUACCUAUGACGAUUUAAGCGGUUUAACUAAGGAACAAGUCGAACUUAUCGAAUUAUCACACGACGACGAUGAAAAGGGACGAAAGGAAUGUAGCGACUGUGGCGCCAUCUUUUCUACUUCCAAGGCAUUCUUAUAUCAUUGCCACCGAGCUGCCCAUUGUGCGAAAUUACCGUUUAUAUGCAGAGAAUGCGACCUAGCAUUUGGCAAUAGGAACGUUUUAUAUGAGCACGCAAGAAUACAGCAUUCUGAAGGAGUUAAGAAAUUGCCAUGUCCAUUACCAGCUUGUGAGAUUUUUAGUGGUAGCGUGGAACAGGUUAAUAGGCAUCUAAACGAAGAUCAUCGUACUCAAAUUAUAGUAAAAGAAGAAGAUUAUAACAUCUUAGCAAAUUUACAAAGUGCCAGUUUUAAAUAUACGUGCGAAAAUUGCUCGGAAUCGUUUCGAACUCAACUGUCAUUCAACUUUCACAAGUAUAAAAACUGCAAAACAAUAGAUGAAUCGAAUCAACCUCAUAAAUCGUUCCAAUGCAAAAGAUGUGGAUCGAAAUUUAAUUAUAAAAGUCUACUAGUCCUACACCUGCGCAAUAAACACAACAUCCUAGCGACCGAAUCGACCCUGGACGCCCUAAACGUGCCAUCAAAAGCCCAACAAUGCAUCGAUCAAUUAGUCAACGUUGUACUUUCGUCGUCUAAUCAAAAAGGUCCAGAGCUGCAUAGUGCAUUCCCUAGAAAUAAUAUUACACAAAUGGAUUUUCCAGUGGCAAAAAAGUCGAAAAAGGAUGAAAAUUUUAUGAAUAGUAUAGAUAAUAAUGACGAUGCCAGAAAAUAUGUAUGCGCCAAAUGCGAUGGAAAAUUUAAUACUAUUGAAGAGUUUAAAGUUCACGCGCAAGCCCACACUCUAUCACUAAUGUACGAAUGUCCUUUAAAUAGCUGUGACAAGUAUUUAUCAAGGGUUAACAACGUGAAUAGUCACCUGGUUACGAUACACAACGAAUUUAGUUUACAAGUAACCGGAAUGGAUUAUCGAUCCGGAAAAUAUCAUAUGAUUAAUCCCUUUAAAGGAGAUUUGAUGCUUAAGAAGAAUCGAAACGAAAACAACUCAGAACCAAUUAAGCCAAAAAAGAAGCCAGAAGAUCCUCAAGAAGGGGAAAAGGUUGGCCAAUCUUACUUAAUUAAACAGUCGCGCAUGCGUAUUGGAAAGGAUCGUAUUAAUCAGAAGUACGAAUGCAAAGUUUGUACUUUCAAGUCGUCAAGUGAAAGAAUGGUCCUAUUACACUUCAGACAGCGUCACAAGAAAAAUAAAAGGGUUUUCCGUUGCAACUUUUGUUCUAGUCAAUUUAACCUCAAAUUAACUUUGGAGCGUCAUAUUGCAACUAUUCAUUACGAUGGUAGCGAUAUAAACGCAAAUAACGUUAAGGCAUCAGAAGGUAGGAGAGAUGACAAUUUAGCUUAUAAGGAAGCCCUUAAGAAUAACACAGCACUAUGGAGUCUUUUAUUCCAAAAUCCGGUACUCACUUUGUCUCAACCAACUUUAGAUCCUCUUGUCUUCCAGGAUCUCGUAUCACAGCAGCUAAUGUCUAUGUCGUUAUUGAAUGUACCGGGAACCCCACCAAUUAAAACGAAUGAAAUCUCUGAAAAGAAUCAUUCAUCGUCUUCCUCAAGCUGCUCUUCCGACUGUGCCGAAUUUAAAUGUGAAGAUUGUGGAGCAAACUUUAAACACAAGCCUCAUUUACAAUACCAUCAACGAAAACAAGGACACGGUGGCUUAGAAGGCUUCAAAUGCGAGGACUGUGGUAUGAUAUUUGGGGUCAAGGCUCAUCUAAUAAAUCAUAGAAGGAAGCAUACUGGCGAAAAGCCGUACAGUUGCCCCAUUUGUCAGGUGACUUUUAGCAGGGUUGAUAUAGUUAACAUUCAUCUAAGGAAUGUUCAUAACUCGGACAUUAAGCUAUCUACAAAAGAUACGUCGCCUCCUAGUGGAACUGUAGCUCCCAUUUCGAAAAAUAUUACACCGGACAGCGCUGUUCAACCGGAAACUCCCAAAAAGAAUCCAAUAACACUCACGCAAACUAAUGGUCACCCUAUCGAAAAUCGCUAUAAAUGCUUUGAAUGCGGUAAAGUCUUUGAGAGAAGUUAUCAGCUCAGUCGCCAUAGAACUAAAGAAGGUCACGACGGUCGAGCUCGUCUUAGUUGUCCAAUAGAUUCGUGUGGGAAGUCAUUUGGUCUGAAAAGUGAGUUACAGCGCCAUCUCCUGGCACAUCGCAACCGUUUGCAUUUAUCUCGCCCAUGAUCUUAAAAUUGAAGAAACUAGUAAUGUAAAAAGAAAUUUUUAAUAAAAUACAAUGAAGGUCUACUACAAAAGAAGAUAAUACUAGAAGCAAGCAAAAGUAUAGAAAUCAAAUAAGAAUAUCAAGAAAAUUUUAUGAACAAGAUGCUUUUUAAUGUGUAAGUGCAAUAUAUUUAGAAACAAAAAAUGGGCUACACGCGUGAUCACUGGUUUUAUAUAUACAGUAUAUAUAUAUUAAAUAUAUAUCUAUACAUAUAUCGAUCACUUUUAGGUUUCAAUGAUAACUUGUAUAAUAGUAAAAUGAAAAGAAACGGCUUUUUUUCCUUCUGUGCAAGUAAACUUUUUAAUAGUGAAAAAGAUGCUAAAGGUUGAACAAGUGAAAAGCAUAUAUUGUAAAAAGGGAAAAGUUUAAUAAUAAUAAUAAUAAAUUAUUAAACUAGAAGAAUAAAUAAAGAAAUUAUGCUUAUAUUGAUAAAUAAGUCAUAUUUCGUAUAUAAAAAGAAACAUUAAUUCACAAACUUUUAGAGUUUAGUUUUCUAGAAAUUUUUUGACCGAAAAAAAGGAAAUUUGCUUUAAUUUAAAGAAAACUAACCUAAAACAACGAAAAGAUGAUUUUUAAGCAAAUUGUUUUUAAUAAUUUGUUAAACAAUACUUCCUUUUUAGUUGAGUCUCUGCUAAUAAAUACACAGAUUAUGUAUAUAUGUAUUAGAACUUGUUCAACUUUUGUUUGUAUUCUAUUUUUUCCUUGUUUUUUUUUUCUUUGUCUUUUUAAAGUUAAUAUUUUUCCAUAUGCUUUGUAAAAUCAACUACAACAACAACAGCAACCACAACAAAAAUCAAUUAUUACUCAGCCAUUCCUUUAUUUGACUGUGAUUUAUUUCCUUUUCUAAAAGUAUUAUUAAGAAAAAAGACGGAAAAAUUUUAAUUAAUUAUGUUAUUUUAAAGAGAAAACAUAAGAAAGGGUUUAUUAUUGAUUAUAUAUAUAUAUAUAUAUAUAUA